CCAAACCAGUUCCGAAACCCUAUUUCUCGAAUUCUUCUUCUUCUCAGGCUACCUCUUUCUUUCCUUUCUUCCUCCUCGCUGUCUUUUCUCUAUCUAAAGUCAAUCUAUCGAGACCUCUACAGUUUUGUUUGUGGAAUCGGAGCACUGUAUGUUUGAGUACUUUCUGCUGUGACGGAUCAGCCCAAGGUCUUAUCGAGUCUUGACCAAAUAAGCACAGCAUGUCUACAAAGAGAGUUAUAGCCAUAUGUCAGUCUGGUGGUGAGUUCAAGACAGAUGAAUCUGGGUCUUUAUUCUAUGAUGGUGGGGAGGCCUAUGCAGUGGAUGUGGAUCAGGAAAUGAAAUUGCGUGAUUUCAAGAAAGAACUAGCUGAUACAUUUAACUGCAGUGUGGAUAACAUAUCUCUCAAGUACUUUCUUAUAGGAAACAAGAAGACCCUUAUAACAAUCUCCAAAGACAAGGACCUGAGAAGAAUGGUAGAUUUCUGUCAGAACUCUGAUCAAGUUGAUGUAUUUGUAGUGAUGACAGAGGGACGAGAUGUGCCAAGAUUAUUAAAUACGCCUCCUAGUAGGUCAAAUAUGGCUGUCAUUUCAGAGGAUGUGGUCUCUUUGGUGACCCCUCUUAACAUGAUGGACAGUGUUACUCCAAUUGGUAUGAUUGAAGCAACUGAAACAACACCAAGUCAACCGGCUCUUGCCAUGGAGGGUGACAACCGUCUCAAGGUUACUGUGCAAUGGGAGAACGCAAUUAUUGGUGUAGAUCAAAGAUUUAGUAGUUUCGGUGAAUUUCGUGAAGCUUUGCAUAAGUACUCUAUUGCUCAUGGAUUUGCUUAUAAGUAUAAGAAAAAUGAUAGUCAUCGUAUAAGUGCUAAAUGUAGAUCAGAAGGUUGUCCUUGGAGAAUAUAUGCUUCUAGGUUGGCCUCCACCCAUUUAGUAUGCAUAAAAAGGAUGAAUUCCAAUCACACAUGUCAAGGUUCUGGCACAAAAGCUCGUUGUUGGGGAUCUAAAGGCUUGGUUGGAAGUAUAAUAAAGGAAAAAGUGAAAGUUUCUCCACAUUGCAAGAUAAAGGAUAUAGCCAAAGAAAUUGAAAGCGAGUAUGGGAUACAGCUGAACUACUCUCAGGCUAGACGAGCAAAAAUGAUGGCCAAACAGGAGCUUCAGGGAACUCAUGAAGAGGCAUAUAAUGAACUACCAUAUCUGUGUGGAACGAUGUUGGAAACUAAUCCUGGUAGUGUUGCUAUCGUGACUACAAGAGAGGAUUCAAGUUUCCAUCGUCUUUUUGUCUCUUUUCAUGCCUCAAUAUCUGGUUUCCUGAAAGGUUGCCGCCCACUCCUCUUCCUCGAUGUCAUCCCCUUGUACUCGAAAUACCAAGGAGUGUUGUUAGUUGCUUGUACUGCUGAUGGGAAUGAUGGUGUUUUUCCUGUGGCAUUUGCUGUUGUAGAUGUAGAUGAUGCUGAAAAUUGGCGUUGGUUCCUCCUGGAGUUAAAAUCUAUCUUGUCAGGAUCCCAACCAAUCACAUUUGUUGCUGAUUUUCGGAAGGGGUUGAAAGAAUCCAUAAGUGAAAUAUUUGAGAAUGGCCACCACGGUUAUUGUUUGCGCCAUCUUGCUGAGAAACUGAAUGAAGAUAUGAAGGGCCUUUCGCAUGAAGCCAGACGAAUUAUGGUUCAAGAUCUAUACGCUGCCGCAAGUGCAGCAAAAGUCGAGGAUUUUCAAAGCUGCACCGAGAAUAUAAAAUCCAUAUCGAGCGAGGCUUAUAACUGGGUAAUACAGAGCGAGCUUAACCAGUGGGCAAAUGCAUUCUUUGCAGGGACGCGAUAUAACCACUUGGCAUCUGAUUUUGGUAAACUGAUCUACAGUUGGGUGUCUGAGUCCCAUGAUUUUCCUAUAACUCAGUUGGUUGAUAUUUUAAGAGCAAAAAUGAUGGAUUUGAUUUACACUCGGCGUACUGAGUCCAGCCAGUGGGCAACUAAAUUGACUCCCACGAUGGAGGAAAAAUUGAGAAUCGAGAUAUCAAGAGUGCACUCGCUUCAGGUAAUGCUUGCAAAUGGCGAUAAAUAUGAAGUUCAUGGUCAGCGUGUCGAAGAGGUUGAUAUCAGUCGUUGGGACUGUAGCUGCAAGGGAUGGCAGCUUACAGGAAUACCUUGUAGCCACGCAAUUGCUGUUCUUGAUUUUCUUGGCAAGAGUCCGUAUGAUUACUGUUCAAGUUACUUGACGGUUGAAAUUUACUUCCUCGCCUAUGCUGAGUCAAUUAAUCCAGUCCCUAACGUGGAAAGAUCAGAACAAAAUACUGAAGUUGCAUUUACCAUUGUUAACCCGCCAACCAAGCGCCCCCCUGGAAAACGGAAACUUAAACAGCCAGGAUCACUAGAGUUUAUUAAACGUCAACUCCAAUGUAGCAAGUGCAAGGGCCUUGGUCACAACAAGAAAACAUGCAGGGCAGUAAAUGGAGAAAUAGUAAAUGGUAGCGGCAUGGAUAUAUCAAGUGAAGAGACCGAGUUGCCUUGUGUGGUAAUUGAUAUGUAACCAGAAUUUGGUGAUAGGAAGAGAUAUUAUGGGUGGUGGAUUAUUAGGAUAUUAUGAAUCUUGAGAUUUAGUUUUGUAAAUCUUGUUUUUACAUUUGUUGUUAGUUACUCUACCCCCUAACCCUACCCUGAUUUGAACUUGAAAACUGUAAUUUCCUCCCUUAUAUAUAUUUUUCAGGAUACUUAAAUUGUGUAAUUUCUUAAGUUGCAAUAUUUUCUUCUUUUUCUUUU